UUCCGGAACUCUUUUCGGAGCUCCUCUCAGUGCGGGACACCAGCCAAGAUGUUCUUUGUAACGGGGAGAAAAGUUCCUGGUCCUGUUAAUGAGAAAAGGAGUAUCUAUCAGAGGUUCUUGGGCUAUGAGCUGAUGGACAAGAAGCGGACAGAGACGGCACUGAAGGCUGGAGAAGACAGAGCGAUACUGCUGGGUCUCAGCAUGGUCUUGUGCUCCAUCAUGAUGUACUUUGUGCUCUGCAUCACCAUGGUGCGCUCCUACUCUGACAGUGUGUGGACCGAGGAGAGCAUCUGCACUAUACUCAACUCCUCCCUGACAAUGGAGAUCAACUGCUCCUACAGCUGUGGUCCAGACUGCUGGAGAAGCUCCAAGUACCCCUGCCUGCAGGUCUACGUCAGCAUCAACGCCACCGGCCGCGUAGGACUGCUGUCCCACAAUGAGGAGACGCAAGACAUCAGUUCAGAGUGCUUCUAUGUCCCAAAGUGUCAGAAGGACCACGUGGCAGUUCAGGCCAUGAUGGUGAACAUCUCGGAGAAGCUGAAGGCUCAGCAGCAGGUCAGGUGUUUUUACGAUCCCGCCGAGCAGCAGAGCAGCAUCCUCCUGAGCCGACUCUACGGCACCAGCGCCAUCUUCCACUCCCUGUUCUGGCCUUCCUGCAUGCUGGCCGGAGGAAGCCUCAUCAUCUUCAUGGUCAAACUCACCCAGUACCUCUCCAUACUGUGCGAGCACAUCAGCAAGAUGCCCAAGGGACUCAACUCAACAUGCUGAGUCUGAUAAAUCCUCAGAGACUGGGAACUGGAACGGUGGAGUAGACAAGACAACCAGACCAGCCGUUAUUCCUCGACGAGGUUGUGGGUGUCCACAUGUGGGAGGUUCACAGGGAAGGAAAACACUUGCACAAGUGCUUAAAAAAGCAGCUAUUCAGAUUAACCUCAGUAUUAGUUAUGCUCCGUCUAUGAGACAAUCAUUUCUGACGUUACCAGCUAUAAGCUACAAUAAAUAGAGUAUAUAGUUUAUAGUCAAUCAUUUCUUACUGAGAGAACUAAACUAAACAUAGUGUCAAAUUAUCUACACUAUAUUGCCAAAAGUAUUUACCCACCCAUUAAAAAUGUCCUAAUAAAUGGUCAGUUUAGGAAAAUAGCGUGCAGAGGUGACCAACUUUUUACAGAAUCAAUUGCUACUGACCUCCAAGCUUUAUGUGGCCUUCAGAUUAGUUUCAUGGAAAGGGUUGGGUUUCUGGGUUUCUUUGGCGGUUGCCAGGAGAACAGUACUUGUCUGACUGCAUUGUGCCAGGUGUAAAGUUUGGUUGAGGGGGGAUAAUUAUGAUUAUUAUGUGGGGUUGUUUUUUCUUGUUAAUUCCAGUGAAAUAGCUCUUAAUGCUUCAGCAUAUCAAGAGAUUUUGGACAAUUUCAUGCUCCCAACUUUUGCGAGAACAGCUUAAAGAUGGCCCUUUCCUGUUCAAACAUGACUACUGCGCACUAGUGCACCAAGCGAGGACCGUACAGACAUGGAUGAGCAAGUUUGGUGUGGAAGAACUAGACUGAUCUCAAACCGAUAGAACACCUUUGGGAUGAAUUAGAGCAGAGACUGUGAGAAUGGUCAAAAAUUCCCAUAAACACAUUCCUAAACCUGGUGGAAAGCCUUCCCAGAACACUUGAAACCAUCAUAACGCUAAUGCUUUUGGCAAUAUAGCGUACUAAAAGUCUCUUUUAAAUGCUAUGUAACAUCCUGUAGAUUAGACUCCACAGAAUACCCUUAAAUCCAUGCAUGUGCCUACGCAAGACUGCCUGAAUGCUGCA